UGAAUUGCUUUGAUGAUGCUUGUUUUUUACAUGUGAAUGUGAUAAAAGAUAAAAUAAAAAUAAACCUUGUGCCAAUAAUAACAAUUUAAGACAUUUUAAAUAAAUAAUUCCGACUUAAAAACAGUAAUUUUACUGUCUUCAACUACACGGUAGAUUACAAGACUGGACUAAGUUUACGGUACACCGCUUAAUUUAAUUGAUUUAAGUAAGAAAAACGAAAUUGCAAGACUAUUCGAAGCUAGGACAUAUUUAUAUAACUGUUGAAAGAGAUUUGGUAACAUGUCGAUGCCACAUAGCAGCUCAAGUACGACUAGCUCCAGUACAAAACGCAAAGAAAUAUACAAAUAUCAAGCACCAUGGCCGCUGUACUCCAUGAACUGGUCAGUACGACCAGACAAACGGUUCAGGCUGGCACUCGGCAGUUUUGUUGAAGAAUAUAAUAAUAAGGUACAAAUAAUAUCUCUAGAUGAAGAGACGAGCGAGUUCAGUGCAAAGAGCACAUUUGACCACCCUUACCCUACUACUAAGAUUAUGUGGAUACCCGACAGUAAGGGGGUAUAUCCUGAUCUACUUGCUACCAGUGGUGAUUAUCUUCGUAUAUGGCGUGCUGGUGAACCUUACACAUUGUUUGAAUGUGUUUUAAACAAUAACAAGAACUCUGAUUUCUGCGCACCUCUCACAUCGUUUGACUGGAACGAGGUGGACCCCAAUCUGAUCGGCACCAGCAGUAUUGAUACAACUUGCACCAUCUGGGGCUUGGAGACGGGACAGGUUUUGGGAAGAGUGAAUGAUGUCUCCGGACAUGUUAAAACACAGCUGAUCGCUCAUGACAAGGAGGUGUAUGACAUAGCAUUCAGUCGUGCGGGCGGCGGCCGCGACAUGUUCGCCUCUGUGGGCGCUGAUGGCUCAGUGCGUAUGUUUGAUCUGCGCCAUCUUGAGCACUCCACUAUCAUAUACGAGGACCCUCAACACACACCACUGCUGCGGCUGGCGUGGAACAAACAGGACCCCAACUACCUGGCGACGGUGGCGAUGGACGCCUGCGAGGUGGUCAUCCUGGACGUCCGCGUUCCCUGCACUCCUGUAGCCAGGCUCAACAACCACCGCGCCUGCGUCAACGGCAUCGCCUGGGCCCCCCACAGUUCCUGUCACAUUUGCACUGCUGGCGACGACCACCAGGCGCUGAUCUGGGACAUCCAGCAGAUGCCGCGCGCCAUCGAGGACCCCAUCCUCGCCUACACCGCCGCCGAGGGCGAGGUCAACCAGAUACAGUGGGGCGCCACACAGCCUGACUGGAUCGCCAUAUGCUACAACAGGCACACGGAGAUACUACGCGUAUAAACAUAUAAUUAAUACAACAAUGGAUAAGGUAUUGAUAAGAUUUAAUAACAAAUCUUCGGAUUCGGGACUUUACAAAACUAAGUUUGAACUUUUACAAACUAAAUUCGGACUUUUACAAAUUAAAUUCGGACUUUUACAAA